GGAUCUUUUAUCCACCUGGGCGACGAACUGUAAAAACAACCGAAGAUCCCGAAAGCUUUUCCACAAUGUUGCCCCACCAAAGGAUACAACCUUUGUAGUUACAGGUUUUGACGAAUGUAAUGGAAAGCGAAAAACAAAUUACUGAGAGAGAGACACCGCCUCAGUUCUGGAGAUGCUGCAAGUUGAUUAUUGACCCCGCAUUGACAAAAGGACUGUACAAAGUGUACCGUUAUGAUGGACAGCAAUUUAACAUACCCGUGGAGGAUUUAGGUCUGUUUCCUGUGGAGACAGUCAGAGAUCCCCGUGUCUGCCGCCUGUGGAGCAAAUGCAACAAGACUGAUCUUUUGAUUUCUAAAUUUAAGGUUGAUGAAUGGUAUGUUGGCCCUGUUCCUCCCAAAGAACUGACAUUUUCCAAACUAAAUGACAAUGUGAGGGAGGCGUUCUUGACUAAUAUGUGCAAUAAAUAUGGGAACAUCGAAGAAGUGGAAAUAUUUUACAAUCCUAAGAACAAGAAGCAUUUAGGGAUUGCGAAGGUCGUCUUCGACACAGUGAGGGCGGCAAAUCAAGCUGUUCAGCACCUCCAUCAGACGUCCGUGAUGGGAAAUGUUAUUCAUGUGGAAAUUGAUCCUAAAGGUGAACACAGGACAAGAUAUCUCCAGCUCCUCUUACGUGGCCUUUAUACUCCUUGGACGUUGCCAGUGGGCAGCAAUGAGCAAGCUAUUCAAAGCUUGGUCGACAGUUUGAUGGGCAGCGCAGCCACGCAGCGACAUCUGAGCAUCUCCAGUCCAACUAGCAUCGCCACCCCCCUCUCUCUGGACACAGCCUACUCCAGUAUUUGGCAGGAUACACCUUGUAGCUUCGGGCUUACGCCACAUUCUCAGGGAACCCCCCGCACUCCCUGCCUGUCUGCCACUCCUCUCUCCCAGGACUCUUGCUACUCCAGUCUUCAGGCGACUCCAGUCCUCCAGGUGGAGCCCUCCACCUUUAACGUUCAAAAACUUUUAAGACGAGAGCUCUGGCGGCGUAAGACUGAGAGGUAUUAUAGAGGAUCCAGUGAAGUUUCAGAUGUGAACUUUAUUUUGAAGCAAUGCCAACCCCAGCCAGCAGAAUUUUACUCUACCACAAAACAAUCGAGCAGCCAGGAGUUAGCACUGUGGGGGCACAAUGCACAAUCAUCCCUUCACAGUAAUGCUUCCUUUAACCUCGAGUCCCCCAGUCAAGAGUCAAGGGACAUGGUCACUGCUACCUCUAAGGAUUUUGAUAGAAACUCCAACUCUUUAAGUGUCCUGAGCAUCAAUUUCACAUCUGAACAUCAGACAGCAGCCUCCUUUCCAUCUGAUGACCAUGCAUGCAUUACAGACUUAUCCCAAACAGCUGGUAACUAUUCUUCAAGCGUCAAGCCCGAGGUGGAGAGUUUGGAUUCUCGUAUUGAGAGUUUGCUGAUAAACAGCCAGAGUACUGACCCAUCAUACUUCUAUAGAAACACUUUGGAUGCUGAUGUUCACUCGCAGGAAAGCCCGACCUCACCUUGCUCUGCUAACGCCUCGCCUUUCUCAGAUGACUCACCUGUUUGCUCUCCGAUUUCAUGUGACUUCACAACCAUCGAUCAGCGCUCCUUCAAGGACCUCAUUGAAGAUGAGCCAGAUGAAACCACUCAAGCUGUUCUGUUUCUAACAAGAGACUCUCAGCCUCCAUCUAAUAUCACACGUUUUGAAAGGAGGGCUCACAUAAACCACGAAAAAGAGGCAGAAAGGUUACAGUUUUUCUCACGUUCAAAGGAGCAUCAUGAGGAUAAGGUCAACUCGAAUAAAGGAGCGUUCAGAGCUUCAACACCGGCAAGACAGAUCUCCUCUCUCCCUCAGCCUCCAUGUUUUUCUCUGGAUAGGACCACUCAACUCCCUUCCUCCAAAGCUCCUCCUGCAAUUAAAUCAGGGUGCGCCCAUCCACCAGCCACCCGUUUCCAUUUCCCCCUUCCUCCCUUCCCCCCAUCAAUCCCACCUGUCCCACCUCGCCUGCCUAAUGGCACCAUCCCCAUCCCACCUCCAGGUUGGAUCCCACCUACGGGCCAUCACACCGGCUUCUCUAUUCCUCCUCCUGCUUUUCCACCUCCAUCUUCUAUUCCUCCACCACCGACUUUCCUUGGACCCCCACCUCCUGUGCAUAGGUACCCCUUACCUGUUCAGCCUCCAGGCCCUUUAGAUAAGGGGAAUCCUCUGACUGCUCCUUUACAUUUCCCUCGACCGCCAUGGCCUCUUCCACCUUUCCCAAGGUUUAACCCCUUUGUGCCACCACCGGAUUUCCUGCUUGUGCGGGAAAACCCACAUAAGGCCACAAUAGAGAAGGUUUUAGAAGUCUUCAUGGAUGAACUGAAGUUGAUUAUUAAAAAAGAUAUUACACGCCGAAUGAUUGAAGGGGUCGCUUUCAAGGCAUUUGAGGACUGGUGGGUAUGUCAAGAGAAGAAAGUAAAGAUACAAGUUCCUCCUUUGAAAAGAGGAGCAGCAGGUGUUAAAGAGAAGAGAACACUUAUAAAUCCCCUCUGUCACAUCGAUAGCCAGGGCAAAAAACCUCCACUGCCUUCAUUCAAGGUAAAAAGGAAAAGAAAAGAUGAUACUGCUACCUCAGAAGAGAUAGAAAACGUGUUGUGUUCUACUCAUGAAAGCUCUGAUGCGAAACUGGGGGAGGAUAAACUGAGUUUUGCAUCUGAGAAAGCCAAACGCAGACAUGCAAGACCUCAUGAGCUUGAAAGUGACGAUGAUGAUGAUGAUGAUGAUGAAGGGAAAGAAGAAGAUAACACGCUUCAAGAUGAGGAAACAACAUCAGACAAAGUGGAGGCAGUUGUGCCAGUUGAUGAUGAUCCUCAAAUCCUGUGUGACAGAGAUGAUCGUGAUGACAGCAAUCAUCCUGAGGAAGAGAAGGAGUCCGCACAAGAACACACAGAGGAUGAAGAUGCAGUCAUAUUCCAAGCUAGUGAAGCAGUGGCGAGCUUGGAUAACGAGCCUUCCUCAGAGAGCAGCUCCUCAGAGGACAGUGAGUACUCAUCAGACUUCGAUUCCUCGGACUCGUUCUCCUCUGAGAGCUAUGAAAACUCGUCCUUCUCUGACCUCAGUCGUGAAAAUGAAAACAUGGAGGAGGAGGACGGCGAUAGAAGAGUUGAGUGUGUAUUCAUAUCAUCAGAUGAAGAGUCGAUGGAGCUUGAGCUCCCCGUCACCCCCUCAGCCCCACUGACCCCUGGUGCUAAGCUGGAGCUGGAGCUGCAGGAAUGGCCAGACACAUGUCACUGGGAGGAAAGGGAGGAGAACCAGUUUCUGUCCUGUCUGGACAUGAUGGAGCUCCAAACCAGCGAACCCCAGCACCAUCUACAGCCCCUGUCACCUAUAGGACUCCCAGCAGUGGGGCCACAUCUUGACAUAGAGAUGGAGAGCCCUGAAUGGAUGGAGGAGUCACCAGGGAACAUAGAAGACAUGAGGCCUAUCACUCCUACUGGUUGCCUGCUGGACAGCGACCCCGACCUUCUGAUCAGAAGCAAACCCACCUCCCCCGCUGUGGAGGAGGUGGAACGACCCCAAACACCAGGCAAGGGCAUUCUGGCCGAACUGGAAAGUGGGGUCCUUUUUCCAACCGGCCCUGAGGUUGUUCUUUCUCCAAUUGCUUUGUACCCAUCAUACCAGGAUAUGCCCAGAACGCCUGGUCGCGAGGAUAGACAUGCAUGGACUCAGUACAGCUCUGUGAGAGCUCUAGCUACACCAGGCAGAGGGACCACCUCGUCAGAAGGGAACACAGUGAUGUGCCCCCUUCUGAGCUGCCCUCUUCCUGUGCCUUGCAUUUCUAGCAAUCCGUAUAUCACAGCCCCAAAGACUCCUGGGAGGGACAUCAUCCUACCCCGGAGAUCCAUAGUCCACAAGAGGAAAAAGGUGGUGACCUUACAGCCAAUGUCAUACGAUUCUCUCGGAGGCUCCCCCAUCUCAGUGUCCUCUCUUUGUAGCUCCUCUGAGUCUUCUUCUGACUCGGCUGAAGGGAAAAGCAUGUGGUUCAAUUCAGGUGUGAGAAUGAGGCCUUUGCAGGGCCUGGAGAAUAUGCCUGGGCUUCUGCAUGAGGGGAAUAGCAGAGAUACGGAAAAAUCCUCAUUAAGGAGAAAACAGUGGAGGAAGCGAAAGAGGAGGUGGAGGAUUCAUCAUCGACGAAGACUACUUCACAGAAACACUGGUUCUCUCCCCUCUAACAUUGCUCCUCACAGGUGGCGCUCUCUCUCUGAGGAGAGGAGGAUACUUCAUAGUGUUUGGAAAGAGGGCUUGGAUGAAGAAGAUGCCAGGCUGCUGCAGCAGACAUAUGACAGGCUGCAGGUGCGGGAUAAUGGCUUCGGUUGGAUCAGUGACACUCUGUGGAUACCUCACACCUUGACUAAAGUCGUCGCAGAGCAGAGUGAGGAACACUGGCGGCCCGAUCACAGGACCGGCUCGGCUCGCACUGAGGGAUUCUACAAAAUCAGCAAGAAAGACAAAAUGAAAUACCUCAACAACACAAGGCUGACCCCUGAGCUUCCAUCGACAAGUACUCAGGGAAUAAGCAUCCCUGCCCAGCAACAGACCUCCCUGCGAGCCGGAUCUGACUUCAGGUCUGAACAGCGCCGCCUGCUCUCCUCUUUCAGCUGUGAUAGUGACCUAGUGAAGUUCAACCAGCUGAAGUUCCGAAAGAAGAGGAUUCGUUUCAGCCGGAGUCAUAUUCAUGAUUGGGGCCUGUUUGCGAUGGAGCCAAUCGCAGCAGACGAGAUGGUGAUCGAGUAUGUGGGCCAGAUCAUCAGACAGAUCAUCGCUGACAUGAGGGAGCAGAGAUAUGAGGAGGAGGGCAUUGGCAGCAGCUACUUGUUCCGGGUUGAUCAGGACACCAUCAUCGAUGCUACAAAAUAUGGGAACUUAUCCAGGUUUAUCAACCACAGCUGCAAUCCUAACUGUUAUGCAAAGAUCAUCACUGUGGAGUCCCAGAAGAAGAUAGUGAUUUACUCCCGGCAGCCGAUAGCCGUCAAUGAGGAGAUCACGUACGACUACAAGUUUCCCAUCGAGGACACAAAGAUCCCAUGUUUGUGUGGAGCAGAUGGUUGCAGAGGCACCUUGAACUAAUCUCUAAUGAAGUGUUCAGAUUUAUGUCAAGAGCCCAAGUUGCCUGAAGUACUGUACAAUCCAAACACCUGAAGAUUAUUUUGAUGCCGUUUCAUACAGCCAAUGACUGCCUUAAGACCAAACAGGAAUCAUAAAGGCUCUGCAGACAUGUGGAGGAACUGCUCAGUAAAUAAGGAUUUAGUUAAACCUCCUAAUCAGUGCUUGAGUACAGGAGAACUUGGAACUUCCUCAUUUUCCGGUAAAACAUUAUAAAACACUUCAUUUGUUUGUACAUUACGGUUUAUGAACACAUCGCAACCAAGGUUUCACACAUUGCAAAUGUUUCCUCUUGCAGCAUGGAGGGGAAAAUGGGCGCUCCAAUUAUGCUAAGCUCUUCUGUACAAUGAAAUGACUAAGUUAUUGCCAAAAUGAUAACAAAUCGUCAAAAUGAAUUGUUUUCAUUAAUGAGAGCUUAAUGGUGUUUUGCUUGAAUCAAGCUUAUAUCGCUAAUAUUGGUUUCCUUUUUUUUUACAUUUUAUAAAAAGAAAGACUGAAAAAGUUACAAUAAGGUGAUCUUUCAUGAAAAUCAGGAGAGAUUAUAAUGAAGUACUUUUUUACACAUACUUAUAAAAUCAAUGUUAUUAUGUUAGCAUAAUAAAACAUGCAAGUCACAAAAACAUGCUUUGUUCAUUAUUUCACAAAAUUAUCACAAUACUAGUUUAAUACUAAAGUACAGGACCCUAAACCACAA